AUGCAGAAUCUUCGCGCCGUGUACGAUGUUGUGAUUGUUGGCGGCAGCUUUGCCGGCUCCGCCGCUGCCCUGCAGCUCGCGCGCGCUUCGCGUUCAGUGCUGCUGUGCGACGCGGGUGCGCCUCGCAACGCAGCAUCGCCUGCCGCUCACGGCGUGCCCGGAUUUGACGGCGUGCCGCCUCGCGAAAUAUUGCAGCGCCUGCAUAGCGAAUUGGGCCAGUACGAGACAUGCAAUCUACGCUCAGCGUGGGUGGACAAGGUGGAGGCACUCCCGGAACCCGCUACAGGCUCGGCGGCCCCUCGCUUCCGCGUCUCUCUGCGAGCAGGUGAAGCCGCGGCCGAGGACGACGGGUCUGUUGCGACGCAAGAAGUGCUGGCAGCGCGUGUGAUUCUGGCUACGGGUGUUCGGGACCAGGUGCCCGCGAUACCCGGCAUGAACGACUGCUGGGGACGCACCGUGCUGCACUGCCCGUAUUGUCACGGGUACGAGGUCAAGGGCCGAGCGCUGGGCAUUUUGGUGCUGCACAAGGCUGCCGCCCUGCACCAGGCUCGCAUGCUCGUUCAGGAUUGGAGUCCCAACGUGACUCUUCUGGGUCAACCCGAGCUCGAGGCUGACGAGGUGGCACAGCUGGAGCACAGCAACAUCCAAACCCGCUCUUUUGACAUCAAGGACAUUGCGCGCCUUUCCAACACAGACACCGACGGGGUGCGCAUUGAGCUCCAAGACGGCCAAGCGCACGAGUAUGCUGCUCUCUUCACCCAGGCGCCAGUCGAGUUGCCGGACCUGAUCCAGCGCCUCAAUUUGCCCGUUUGCUUGGGUGGACCCAUGGAAGUCCCCUAUAUUGAUGCCGACCCGCUCACCUGUGAGGUGAAGGACCACCCAGGCCUCUAUGCGGUCGGUGAUCUCAUCAACCCAGCUGCACAGGUUCUGCAAGCCAUGAGUACCGGGGCCCGUGCCGCCAUGUUCUGCCACCAGACCCUCCUACUUCACUAA